AUGACGUCGAUUUCGCGGCAUGACGUGAACGCGCUGCUUAGGCAGGUCCAGGGCAACUCUCUGUUCAAUAGACAACUCUCAUCCAUCUGCCAAGUAAAUGGGCUCAAGAGCACCGGCGUCAAAGCUGAGCUUCAGCGACGCAUCGUACAACUGAUAAACGAAACGGUUACCAGCAACGAUGUCGUACGAUUCCAUCAGAUCCGCCACAGCAUCCUCAGGGCCUUUCAAGAGCGAGCGAGUCCUGCCAAGGCCGCGACGGCUAGAAGCAACGGGUCUACAGCACAACCUGCUCUGCCUACAUCCGCGUCAUCGUCGUCAUCCUACGGCACCAGUAGUUAUUCUGGACAACGGGCAUAUGGACAAGUCUCGGCAAAUGGAGUUCCGGCAUCUUCGUAUGGAACGUAUAGUUUCUCGUUCAAGCCAAGCCCUUUCUAUUACGUUGAAAGCGCUGUGAGCGUGUUGCGCACCUCCAUGGCACAGCAUAGGAACUCUGUCACCAUCCCAUUGAGGUUAAGCGACCACCCCGUUUUGCAGCGAUGCAACGAGGACAAAUCAUACAGAAUCAUGGUGUUUUGUGCUAGCGACGACAGCGGCGUACAAGACGUUGCGUUCCCACACCAGUCCGAGCUUCGGGUAAAUGGCGACGAGAUCAAGGCCAACCUCCGAGGUCUCAAGAACAAGCCCGGCUCAACGAGGCCAGUCGACAUAACCAACGCUCUCCGCCUAAGGGGAAAUUACAUGAACAACAUUGAGUUUACAUAUGCGCUGACGAACAGGGUAAGGUUUCUGCUAACACUAUUCUGUUCUUGGCAGAAAUUCUACCUCAUCGUCAACCUUUGCAAGACCACUUCAGUUCCUGAAUUGGUCACGACAAUAUCCAACCGUAGAAAGAUUUCUGAAGAAUCGGUGAUAUCUGAGCUGAAUAAAAUAGCACAAGAUCCAGAUGUUGUAGCGACAUCUCAGGUGCUAUCCCUCAAAUGCCCUCUAUCCUACAUGAGAUUAGAAGUGCCUUGCCGCAGCUUGAGCUGUACACAUUUGCAAUGCUUUGACGCAACAUCUUACUUGCAGCUUCAGGAGCAAGGUCCACAAUGGCUGUGUCCUAUCUGCAACAAAUCAGCGCCAUUUGACCAACUAGCUGUUGAUGGCUACGUCAAGGCCAUUCUGGAAAAGACGUCAAAGAGCCUGGAAACCGUGACCAUUGAGCCAAAUGGCAGGUGGUCUAGCAAACCACCCAAGGAGGAAUCAUCAUCCAGGCCAAAUGGGGCAGCACUUGAGGACGACGAUGACGACGACGAUUUGGAGGUAUCCGAAAUCAGCAUUACCGGCCGUCGAAUAGAAACGCCCAAGAAAAAUAUGACGUCCUACACAGAGAUGAGCUCUGGUGGUAGAGACGGUCACUCGGCCCCGCGAACCGGCUCACACAGCGCCAAACGACCAGCGCCAGCAGUUAUCGACCUGACGCUGUCGUCUGACGACGAAGAGCCCAUCCAGCGGCCACAUAAACGGCAACACACGGGAGGAAGCAGCUAUCGCGGCUCGUCGAGCCUCCCGUUCCUGAGCGAAUCACCCAGCAACUAUCCGUCGUAG